GUUUCAAAUCUUUAAAAAAAAAAAAAAUUACAAUCCAACAGAAUAGCGUAGAUUGUUCCGUUUUUCACUUCUUUGUCUUCUCCCCUCCUUCAAUCUUAAUACUCAAUCUAUUGAGAUUAGAUUAUAAUGAGUAUGAAGAAGGGUAGAGAAGUUGGAGAUAAUAUUUUUGAAUCCAGAUAUGGGUUUGGAGAUUUUGGAUUCGGUAGAAGUAUGAUGAUGAUGCCAAGUGUGUUUGGAAGCAGAGAUCCAUUUGAUGAUCCUUUUUUCAGUGACCCUUUUGAUAGCUUUUUUGGUCCAAGUAAUAGAACCACAAUGCAGCAAAACCCAAGCAAAGAAAAAGGAGUUGUCAUAAAGGAAUUAGGCUCAGAUGAUGAAGAGGGAAAUGGUGAUUUCCCUGAUCAGAACAUUCAUAGAUCAACCAUGGAACCUUCUGUGGAGCAUCCAGAUGAUGAUGAUAAUGAGAAAAAGAAGAGUAAUGUAACUUACAAGAAUGAUCAUUACAAGGUGGAACCUCCAAAAUCUCGCAGUGCUUCUUUUCAGACAAGCAGAGUAACGUAUGGCGGCGUGGAUGGUGCAUAUUAUACUUCAACUAGAACCAGAAGGACAGGAACGGACGGGGCGAUAAUUGAGGAAAGGAAAGAAGCCGACACAAGAACGGGGGAGGCUUCACAUAGGAUAAGCAGAGGAAUCCAUGAUAAGGGUCAUUCCCUUUUGAGGAAGCUUGGGUCGGACGGCAAGCUUGACACCAAACAGACACUGCAUAAUCUUGAGGAAGAUGAGCUUGCCGGCUUCGAGGAAGCUUGGAAAGGAAAAAAUAUGGAGCAUGGUGUGAAGAGUGGAUUUGAUGUGCAUAGAAACCACUCAAACCAGGGUUCUAGUGGUAGUGAGCAGAACAGAAACCAGGUUUGGGCAGUUCCAUCUUGGGAGAAUGCUGGAAGAGGGAGAGGAUUUGGAUCAAAUCAUGAAACAGGAACCGAUCAAAGUGGAAGAACAAAGAAAGUAGUUAGGAUCAACAUUGAAUGAAGGUUGAGACCCCUUAUGAUAUGCUUGGUGGUUGAUUUUCCAGCUGCUUUUCUGUUUUCUUGAUUGAGAGAAACUAGUUGAAUGCACCAAAUUUUACUUGGUGUAGGUUUAUUACGAGUUACUGAUGUAAAGUUAUAUUGUUUGUUUGGUAAUUAUGUAAAGUUAUACUAAAGUCCAUGUUGUUACAUAUCUAUCUUUACGACUAAGGUUAAAAGAUAUAUUGUUUGGUCAAUCAUAAUCGGGUG